AUGGAGCGGCGGGCGGUCUUUCUCAAAUCCUGGUACUUGCUUGGCCCGGUGACCAGAUUCCAGGUCGUAGGCGAGCACGUUCCAUACGAAGUUGCGCAGCAGCCCAUCUCUGCUGUUCGUAUCUCAGGGGAGGGUCUGAAUCCCGUCGCUGAGGAGCUGAAGGUUGUCUGCGCGAAAACGGGAAAGGAACUGCGCAGUCAUCUAACCCCGACUGGACUUCUCUUCUCAACUAUCUCCGAUGAUGCUCCCAAUUUCCAUGAGUUCUUCCCAGAGCUUGAGGAGCUGCUCGGUAAAGUCGACUUCACUAAGCUUCCGCACCGUCGUAGCAUCAGCUAUGAAGGUCGGUUCAACUGGAAGACCAUGGUCGACGGAUAUCAAGAGUGUCUACACUGCCAAUACACUCACCCGUCUUUCUCUAAAUACUACCCACCAACCUUCUACACCGUGCGCAACAAGCAGAAUUUUUCGCAGCAUAUCGCAGACCCUAACAAGCUAGAUGACGGUCUAUUUCUAUACUUCUUUCCCAACUGUACUCUAAAUGUCUAUGGCGGCGGCAUGUCCUGCUUCAGAGUAUGCCCGACCGCUGACCCGCAUGUUACGCGGAUGGAGUUCGAUUACUUCCAUCUUGAAUCGGGAGAGAAGUUCGAGGAAUACUUUAAAUUUGUGCGUCAAGUUGCUAUGGAAGACUUCGAGCUCUGCGAGAAAACCCAGAGCAAUCUAGCCAAGGGAGUCUAUCACGAGGGAAUUCUGAACCCAAACAAGGAGAAUGGCGUGUCUUACUACCAGAGACGAGUGUUUGAUAUGGUUUGCGAGCAGCAUGACUCCGACAGGACCCCUAAGAUAGCGAAGGAGUCCGGAAUGGAGGAGCAUGUUGCGCCUACCAUGGUUCAGAUGGCAGCAUAG